CCUUCUCUGUUUUUGCUUCGGUCGGUUCUCUUGUCCCCUGUCUCACCACAGCAAAGCCGCUACCGGUAGCCAUCCUCUAGGUCGUCAAAUAUGAAAAUACCGCCACCGGGCUGGGUUGCGAUUUGGACCUUCUGGGAAGAGAGAGAGAGAGGGGUCUGCAAUUUCCUUCCGUGAGAACUACUCCGACACACCACCGCAUUCCUGCAAAGAGGCUCCCUUUGCUGCCAGAAGCGUAGCGGGGAACUCGUAAACUCGUUACCGACACACAAAGCGGCAUAGUACUCCGUUCUCGCCGAAAGGGAGAGGAUGAGUGAGAGGAGGGAGGGGGUUCUUCAAGUGUAGUAUCUUUUCUGGUCAGUUUAAUAUCUGAUGCGUGGUCCAUCGGACCAUUCAGGAAUAAAAAAGAGGGAGGGAGAAAGAGGGAGGGAGGGUGUUCCUUAAGGGGAAAAAGGAGUCGGUUGAGGACCGGGGUAGUCAUGUUCAGUUGGCUGUCGAGUGUUACAGGCGUUGGCAGUGCGUCACCUGCAGAUGAGGACAGAGGGGAUGAAGCAGGAGCAGCAGCAGCAGGAGGAGGAGGAGGAGGAGGAGGAGGAGGGGUGUCGUCAGAUGGGGAGCUUCCGCCGCAGCCGUCCACGCCGAUGACUCCGGGUUCUGACAUGUCAGGGCAGAUGGCGGGCAUGCUGGGAAGAGCGCAGCUGUUGGAGUUUUUCCAGCAAAACAUGGAACUGUUCGAUGUGCCGGAAGUAAAGAAGCGGUUGUCGGAUGCAGUGCGCGCGGGCCGAGAUCCGGCGGCCGUGACGACGGAGCUUCAGGAAGAGCUGCUCAUGGCCAUGGGUAUCGAGCCGAAGUUCGGAAUCGAAUGCUUGGGAAGGGUGAGUUUCUGUUUCAAGGACGACCGCGAAGUGAUGUUGAAGCUGUACGAGUUGAUGGCGAAGGAGGAGUUGGCGUGCGACGAGGCAGAACUCGGGCCGAAGGCUUUUGCGGAGAAAAUGGAGCAGAUGAGGAAGGCCCAGGAGCAGCAGAUGGUGCUGCUGAAGCAGCUGCAGAAGCAGCCGAUCGAAGCACAGCGAGAGUUCUUGUCGUCACUCUACAGCCAGUCUCAGGUGCGUAAUCCGCAAGGAGAGGCCACGAUGACGUCCCAGGAAAUUUGGGAUUUCUUCCAGGAGCAGCAUAGACAGCGACAGCCGCACCAGCCGCAACAUGCAGGAAGACAACCAAAUGAACAGCAGUUCAACUCGGGCUUGAGACAGGGACCUGGAGCCGAGCUUCACCAGAGAUGCUGAGACCUCAAUUCUCUUCCCGCUAUGUAGUUGCUCUUUGAACGCCCCUCCCCUUUUUCAUUUCGAUUCCCUUUCGCAUUCUAUUUUCAUUCGCUUUCGUCUCUGUGUGCAAACGGAGAUGAAACGGAGAUGGAAAACUGUAGCAAAGGUAUGUGUGUGUAUGUGUGUGUGUGUGUGUGGGUGGGUGGCUGUGAUAGAUAGAGAGAGAGAGACUCAGAGAGAGAGAGAGAGAGAGAGAGAGAGAGAGAGAGCCUUGUAAUUCGUAAUGAUAUCAUGAUAAUCAUUAUGGAUGGGUGUAGUGGAUUCUUGUAGAAGAAGUAAUAACUGCAACAUGCCAGCUGUAUAAAGGAGGAGAGCAAUGCGGCGGAGAUUGUUGGGUUGCUCAACUGCUCUUGUUGGCUUAAUUGAUUUGUUUGUGUUGGCUUUGUACCCUCUUAAGUACUUCACUGGUCUGCUGAUUGGGCAUAAAUAAGACCUGUGCUCUCUUCCAAGAUGAUCGCAAGAAGGAAUCGGAUAGUGUGUAUGUGUCUGUGUGCGCGCACGCGUGUGCAUAUGAUUCUUCAGAAUCCAGCCACCAUAUCCUUAUCUGAUUCCAGUGGGACUCGAACUCAGACCUGUUUAUCAACAGUCAAUGGGUAUACCAUUCUUCCACAGCGUCGAUUUUGUUUUCGUGUUGUGCUCACCAUAUG